AUGUUUUUAGCAAGUUAUUUUGAUCGUAAAGAUAAAGAUAACGAGAAAAGAGAAACCGAAAUUGAAGAAAUUGAAUAUAAGAAAAAUAAUUUAGAAAAGGUACUGAAGAAUGCUUUAUAUUUACAUAAAGAGAAAAUCGUCAAAUUAAAAGAUGAGGAAGAUAAAAAGGAACGAAUUAAGGAAUACUUGUCCAAUUUUUUAAAAAAGAAAAUAAAGGAUGAAAAUAAAAUGAAUUUAUCAUAUUAUAUUUAUGAUGAAAAUGAAGAAAUAAAUAUUAGUAAAUAUUCAAUAGACAAUUUUAAUAAAAGAGAAGAAGAUCAAAGAAAUAUAUAUAAUUUGUUGAAAGAAAAAAAAAGUCUUAAUAAUAUAUCAAAAGAUAUGUUGAUACUAGCCAAUUAUUUACAACAUGAUCAAUUGAAAAGUAUAGAUAUAAUAUCAGUUUAUAAUGUUAUUGAUAAAUAUAUUGAUAAAUAUAAAUUAGAAAUUGAUGAGAUUAAAAAAGAAUUAGAUAAAGAAGCUGACAAAGUAAUAAAAAAGAAACAAGACAAUUUAGAUACUAUAUAUAAUAUAAAAAAAGAAUUAGGAAAUAUACAUAUUCUUGAAGAAGAAAAUAGUAAUAAUAUAGUGGAAUAUAUGUUAAAUGAAAUGAAAAUAAUAAAAAAAUUAAUCAAACAAAAAGAAUAUAUUAUCUGUGUAAAAAAUACAUUAAUCAGUUUAGAUUAUGCAAAAAAAUGUGCAGUUAAUAGGAAAUAUGAUGAAUCAUUAAAUAUUAUUUUAGAUAUAGUAAAUGUAUUACAUAUAUUUAAAAAAAAUUUCAAAAAGAAAGUUAUUAAAAUUAUAGAAUUCUUCAUUCCAUUGUUAGCAGAAUAUUAUAUAAACAAAUCAAAGUUGUUACUAUCAAGUAUACAUUGGGGUAAUAAUAUUUCGUAUGUAUCAACAAACUCGCUAGAGGACGUUAUAAAUGACAUGGAUAUGAGUGAGAAUAACGAAGAUGUAUAUGAUGAUAUGUGUGAUGAUAAUGAUAAUAUAUGUGAUAAUACAUGUGAUAAUACAUGUGAUAAUACACGUGAUGACAAUAUUGAUGAUGAUGGUAUAUCUAAUUAUUAUAAAAGUUAUAAAAAUACAGAUAUAAACCAUUCCACCACAUUUAUAAAUACAGUCAAAACAAAUAAUGUAGCACAAAAAAAUGAAGAAAAAAAAAGAAGACUUCUUUAUUAUAAUCGCCAUAUGAAUAAAUUUCACGAUAAAAUAAAUAGCAGUGUUAUAUUUGAUAAGGAAUAUAUGGGUUUGAUAAAAAAAGAAAGUCUAGAAUUUAUUAACAUUUUAAUAUGUUGUAAUUAUAUAGAAAAAAUAAAUAUAUGUAUUACAGAGGAAAAAGAAGAUAAUGAAAAUAUAUUAUUUGUUAAACAAAAAUAUUAUAAAUCAUCUUUUUACAUACAAGAAUUAGCUAGCAGUAUAAUUAAUAUUUUUCGUUCCUUUUUUCAAAAUAAUAAAAGUCCACUAUUCAAAUUUGAUAAACCUGAAUGGGGACUUAAGUAUUUAUUUUAUCAAUCUAUUAUAAGUAAUUAUAUUUUAAAGAUGUUAUUAAAUUACGCUCAUAUGGAAAAUUUUAAAAAUAAUAAUAUAAUAUUGAAACAAACAUUAGAGUAUAUGUUUACUUAUAAUAAUAAAUAUAAAGCGAUUAUGCGUAAUAUGAAUAAUAUUGACAGUAUGGAUGGGAAUCAUACAUCCUUAAGUUCUAAAAAGGAAACAACUGCAAUGAGUAGUGUAUCCUCUGAUGUGAAAUACGGAAGGGAUCAAAUGAAACAAUCUGUGGAACGUAAUAAUAAUAAUAAUAAUAAAAAUAAUGAUAAUUUUUAUAAUAAUGAUAAUUUUUAUAAUAAUGAUAAUUUUUAUAAUAAUGAUAAUUUUUAUAAUAAUGAUAAUUUUUAUAAUAAUGAUAGUUUUUAUAAUAAUGAUAAAUUUUAUAAUAAUGAUAAAUUUUAUAAUAAUGAUAAUUAUUUUCAUCCUAUAAGUGAUGAAAUAAAAAAUUCUCCCCAUUCAUACCUUUUGAAUAAUAAUUUUAAUAUUAAUGAUAGGUGGCCCAGUAAGAACACACAUAUUUAUUAUAAUACAUAUAAUUGUAUGAAGGAAGAAGAAAAACAAAUAUUGUUUGAAGACAUAAGUAAUUAUAAAAUGGUGUUGGAAAAAUUAAAUUAUGAAAUUAUAACAGAAUGUCGAUUGUACAUAUUAAGUAGAAUAACCUAUUUUAUUCAUUUAUAUACUUUUGAUGAAAAUAAUAAGGAUGAUAUAAAAAAAUCGUUUUUAAAUUUUAUGCAACAAAUUUUUUUAAUAUAUAAAAAAUGGUGGUUAUAUGAUAGGAAUAAUUGUAAACAUUUGUUAGAUGAUUUUUACAAUAAUACAUAUGUCAAAUUGAAUCCUAUGGAAAAUGAAAACACAAAUCAAGAUAAUAAUUGUAAUAAUAAUGAUAAUAAUAAUGAUAAUAAUAAUAAUAAUAAUAAUAAUGAUAAUAAUAAUAAUAAUAAUAACAAUAAUGAUAGUAUUAAUAAUAUUAAUCAUGAUAAUGCGCAUAAUAAUACAACUGAACAUUCACAAAAUAACGAAUUAUUGAAAAAUAAAAACGUCCAAUUAAGUAGCGAAGAAAAUAUUAUUAAUAUGAAUGAAAAAAUAAAUGAUGGUAUUUAUAUUAGAGAUUUCUUUAUGCUAAAUGAAAAAGAAUUUCUUAUAGAUAUAUUAAACGACAUGUCAAAUACAAAGUGCUGUAUAAAAUUAAAAAAUAAUAUUAUAUUAGAUGAAAAUGAUUGCAUUAAUGAAUAUAGUGAUAUAUUCAUAGAAUUAUUAAAAAAGAUAAAAUCUAGAAUAUGGUGUUUUCAUAGCAAUCGUGAAUUUAUGGAGGAAUAUAUGAAUAGUGUAGUAAAAAAAUUAUUAAUUAUUGUAAAAGAUGAAUUUAGAUAUCAUUGGAAUAAUAUAUCAGAUUUGAUUGGUGAUUCUGAGAUAACAUGUUUAUUAUAUAUUUCUUUUCAAAGAAUAAAUAAUUUUUUAAAUAUAUAUGAAUAUAAAAAAUAUCUUGAAGAAAUAAAACAAAAUUUUGAUAUUCUAGAAAAAAAGAUGUUUCAUAAUUUUCUAGAUGCUUUUUAUCAUUUUAUAUCUAUAAGAAUAUAUAAUCUCUUUUCUGUAAGUAAUGUAUUUCAUGAAUAUAUUAUAAAUAAUUUAUAUAAAAUAAAAAAAAAUUUACCAGAUAAUAUAUUUAUUCAAUUCUUAAACAGAAUAUUAUAUAAAUUAGAUAAAACCAUUUUAAAAUAUUUAUUAAAUCAAAAUAUUUCAUUUUUACAAAAUGAAUUAUAUUUUAAUACAUUCAUAAACAACUCAUACAGUUUAUUACAACAAAUAGAAGAAUUCAAUUGUAAACAUAAAAAAGAAAAAUCAAAUAAUAAUACUCGAAUAUUCAUUUAUAAUAUGAACUUAUUAAGAGAAAUUAUUAAAUUAAUGACUGAUAAUAUAGAUACAUUGAAAGACAAAAUUAAUGAAAUAAAAUGUAGUUAUGCAUUUCUAAAAAAUAAAAAUAAUUGGAUAGAUCAAGUUACCAGAAUAACAAAUUCCUUGUUAAAAGAUGAUUCUUCUAGUGAUGAUAAUCAAACUUCUCAUCAUGAUUAUAAUGAAAAUUGGGAAACAAAAUGUAAGAAAACUGAAAUAUCCAUUAUCAAAAUUAAGAUGUUAUUAUUAAGAAGACCAGAUAUUAAAACAAUUGCAGAAAAAUCAAUUGUUGUUAAGGAGUUUAUAGAAUAUUGA